AUGAAUGAAAGAAGAGAGGAUCAAUAUGAUAACAUGAUUACACUGUUGCUGACAUAUUUUGUGUUUCAUGUAGCUCAAUGGUGGGGUGGGAAAUAUGAGGCUGCACAGGAGAAAAGCCAGAAGUUCAAGGAAGGGAAAUUUAUCCUUGAGAGAUUCCAUAUUCUUGGUCCUAAUGGAAGCAACUACUCUAUAACUCUAGAAACUCAGAUUGGUGGAAGCGAUGCUGAUGAUGCUUGA